GAACCUUUUGUGUCCCUCUAGCUCCGCCCCGCCAUGUGUUCAUCCACCAUUAGAAAACUUCUAAAACUAGCUACCAAUCCACACCUUUUUCUUAUACAAAACUGUACAAAUAUGAAACAUCUCAAGAAAUUUCAUGGCCAUUUCAUCACAAAUGGCCUUUCAAAUGACACCCUUUUCCUCAGUGUUGUUCUUUCCUUUACAGCACUUUUUCCUACUGGAAAUUUAGCAUAUGCCCACUUGGUUUUUAACCAAAUUGAUUCACCUAAUACUUUCAUGUUCAAUACUAUGAUCAGAGGUUAUGGUUCUAGCUCUAAUCCAAGUGAAGUAAUGAGUUUUUACGUCAAAAUGUUACGAUAUGGUUUUUUCCCUAAUCAUUAUACUUACCCUUUUGUGAUUAAAGCAGUGUGCAGGACUCAAAAUUACAUUCUUGGUGAAGCAUUGCAUUGUUCUGUGAUAAAAUUUGGGCAUGUUUUGGACCUUCAUAUAGCAAAUUCACUUUUACAUAUGUAUGCAAAGUUUGGAUUUUUCGUAGAGAUCAUGUACCUGUUUGAUGAAAUGCCUGAACCAGAUGUAGUUUCUUGGAAUGUGGUUAUUGAUGAUUUUGUUAAAAAUGGUUGUUUUGAUGAGGUUUUGGCUGCGGUUAACGAGAUGUGUUGGAACGGGGUUGAGCCUAACGCGGUUACACUUCUUGGACUUGUUUCGUGUUCUUUGAAAAUGGGGGAUUUUGGUUUAGGUAAGUUGAUACAUUUGUAUAUUAUGAAAAGAGGAAUACAUAUGAGUGAAAAUCUUGGUAAUGGGUUGAUUGAUAUGUAUGCUAAGUUUGGAGAUAUGGAGUCAGCUGAGAAGUUGUUCGAUAGGAUGCAAAUGAAGACGGUUUUCUCAUGGACUUCACUUCUUGAUGGUUUUAUACAAAAGGGUGAACUAGAGAGAGCUGGUGUUGUUUUUAGUCAGAUGCCUAAGGAUACUACUGCUUGGAAUGUCAUGCUUAGUGGGUAUUCUGAGGCAGGUGAUAUGAGUUCAGCAGAGACUAUCUUUCGAGCAAUGCCAGAUAGAGAUUUAGUCUCAUGGAACACUAUGAUUCUUGGUUAUACUCAGAACAAGAUGUAUAUGAAGUCCUUAGAGUUGCUAAGAGAUAUGUUCAGGUUUGGAUUGAAACCUGAUCGGAUAACGUUAAUUGGGUUGUUCUCAGUUUGUGGAUAUGCAGGUGUACUGCAUAUCGGUGAAGCCAUCCACUCUUUCAUGGAAAAACAGAACAUAAAGGAGGAAGAAGUUGAGGUAGCCUUGUUGGAUAUGUAUAGCAAGUGUGGAGAUCCUGAGAAAGCUCUUACAGUAUUUUACACGAUACGGAGAAAAAAAUCAGUGUUGGCUUGGACUAACAUGAUCGUCGGACUAGCAAUGAAUGGUCUUGCAAAUGAAGCUCUUAUGUUGUUCCAUCAAAUGUGUGAUGAAGGAACAGGUCCUAAUGAGAUAACAUAUUUAGGUGUUUUAUGUGCUUGCAGCUAUGCAGGUUUAGUUAAAGAAGGCAAAUGGCUGUUCAAUGCUAUGAGUAAAGUACAUGGCAUUACACCAAGAUCUGAGCAUUAUGGUUGUAUGGUUGAUCUUCUCGGUCGGGCGGGUUUGCUUGAAGAAGCAGAGAUGUUUAUUCAAGAUAUGCCUGAAAAGGCUGCUGCUUGCAUCUGGGGUGCCUUACUAGGGGCUUGUAGGAUGCAUGGUGAGGUUCAAAUGGGUGAAAGGAUAGCCAAGAUUGUGACUCAAAUGGACCCAUAUCACUCGGGGCGUUACAUUCUUCUCUCCAACAUUUAUGCUGCAGAAAACAGAUGGUUUGAUGCUGAAAAAGUAAGGGAGAAGAUGAAAACUGAAGGUAUACACAAAACACCAGGAUUCAGUUUGGUUGAAAUGAAAGGUGAAAUGCAUCAAUUUAUAGUAACAUAAUGUAACCAAGUAAAUGGCAGAUGAUAAACUACUAGUACAGAAUAUAAGAGAUUCUGUGCAACAGAAAGGCUGUUUGA